AGGGGGUCGCCAAGCGUCGGCUGCCGCCCUCGCCAGCAAGUUGGGCUCCCAAGCGCAGCACCCCAGACCGACUCAGCCCAUCGCGCCGAUGGAGAACAUCAAAGAGAUGCAGCAAAAGCUGAAGGAGGAAAAAGAGGCCAAGCGUGCUCACCUGGAUGGCAGGCAUGAUUAUAUCCUGUCGAUUGUUGCUUCCUGCGUGGAUUUAGAGAAGGCUGAAGUGGAAGAUGCAAUCCUUGAAGGAAAUCAGAUAGAGCGUAUUGAUAAAUUCUUCAUUGCUGGCGGCUUUCGUCACGUCAUGUUCUACUAUCAAGAGAUGGAAGCAACGGAAACAGGACAUGGAGGCUCUACGGCAGCUAUCCCUCACUCAGCUAAGAGCAAAGGGCCUAAAUUAUUUGUGACGGAAGGCAAGGAUGUUGCUUUAACUGGCAUAUGCGUUUUCUUCAUCAGAACUAACCCAUCCAAACCAAUCACUGUGGAAAAUAUUAAUCGCGAAGUGGCUUUCAAUAUGAUGGAUACAGCUCAUGGGGGUUUACUGAACAGUGUACAACAGUUGCUGUCUGAUAUCUUCAUCCCAGCUCUGAAGACAAUGAACUAUGGCUGGGGAGAGUCGAGUGGACCACAGAAAGGCGCUAACAUCAAGCAGGACUUCAUUGCUUCUCUAGAGGGAUUUGUUAGUGUCCUUUCGGGGGCUCAGCAGAGCCUGAUGGAGAAGGUGAAUCUGAAGAAGUGUGAAACCUAUGAUCUGAAAACCCUCAAGGGACCCACAGACUACCUGGUGGCGUCGAAUAGUACGGAGACUCUGGAACGGAUAGAGGCCUGCAUGAAAGUGUGGAUUAAGCAAAUUGAACAGGUCAUUGCGGAAAAUAGCCAACUGCGGAAGGAAGCAGAUGAUCUGGGGCCACGAGCAGAGCUGGAUCACUGGAAGAAACGUCUGUCCAAGUUUAAUUACCUGGUGGACCAGCUGAAGACCUCAGAUGUAAAAGCGGUGCUUGGAGUGCUUACAGCUGCUAAAUCGAAACUUCUGAAGAGUUGGCGAGAGCUGGACACUCGGAUCACAGAUGCAGCAAAUGAAGCCAAAGAUAAUGUGAAGUAUCUGUAUACGCUUGAGAAAUGUUGUGACCCGCUAUACAACAGUGACCCUGUGACGAUGGUAGAUGCUAUUCCAGGACUCAUACAUGCUAUCAAAAUGAUCCACAGUAUCUCACGCUAUUAUAACACCUCGGAGAAGAUAACGUCUUUGUUUGUGAAAGUUACAAAUCAAAUGAUAACUGCCUGCAAAGCUUAUAUCACCAAUAAUAACACUGCAACCAUCUGGGAUCAGCCACAAGAUGUAGUUCUGGAAAAAAUACAGGCCGCUAUACGACUUAAGCAGGAGUACCAGAACUGUUUCCACAAGACCAAACAAAAACUGGAACAGAGUCCUUCCGAGCGCCAGUUUGAUUUCAGUGAGAUGUAUAUCUUUGGAAAAUUUGAAACCUUUCACCGCCGCCUACUUAAGAUUAUGCACAUCUUCGAUACCAUCACAACCUACUCAGUUUUGCAAGACUCCAAGAUGGAAGGACUAGAAGUGAUGGCCACUAAAUAUCAGAGUAUUGUUGCCACCAUGAAGAAAAAGCAGUACAACUUUUUAGAUCAGAGGAAAACUGAUUUUGAUCAAGACUAUGAAGAGUUCUGCAAGCAAACAGAUGAUCUUCAUCAACAAUUACAGGCAUUUAUGGAUAUUACCUUUGAAAAGAUUACAAACACCGAAAGAGCCCUUAGUAUGCUGACAAAGUUCGAAAGACUAGGAAUUCCUAACCUUGGCAUUGAUGAGAAAUACAAGAUAAUCCUUCAAAACUAUGGUCACGACAUCGAGAUGGUCUCUAAGCUGUACUCCAAGCAAAAGAACGACCCACCGCUGGGGCGCAACCUUCCUCCCAUGGCUGGUAAGAUCUUGUGGGCUCGGCAGCUGUUCCACAGGAUCCAGGAACCCAUGGAUCUCUUCCAGAAGCACCCCCUCGUUUUGCAGACAGCAGAAGCCAAGUCCAUAAUCCGGAACUACAACAGGGUGGCCAAAGUCCUUCUGGAGUUUGAGGUUGUCUACCACAGGGGGUGGCUUCAACAGGUCCACCUAACUAGAGCCGGGCUUCAGGCCUCGUUAUUGGUGAAAGCUCCAGAGCCAGGAGAGAUAUUUGUCAAUUUUGACCCAGAGAUUCUCACCUUAAUAAGGGAAACAGAGUGCAUGUCACGCAUGGGACUAGACAUUCCACCCUUUGCUGUUGCACUUCAACAGAAACGUGACUCCUACAAACAGAACUUCAAUAAGCUGCAGAUGAUGCUGGCAGAGUACAAGAGAGUGAAAUCAAAAAUCCAAACUCCACUUCAUGUGCUAAUGGCUCCUCAUUUGGCGAAAGUGGAUGAUGCUAUCCAGCCUGGUUUGACCACACUGACCUGGACAUCCCUGAAUAUUGAGAAGUACUUACAGAAUAUUUUGGAUAAGCUUGCUGACCUUGAGCUGCUGCUUGAUCGAGUAAAUGACCUAAUAGAAUUUCGUAUCAAUGCUGUUCUUCAAGAAAUGAGCACUGUGCCCCUUUGCAAUCUCCCUGAAGACGAUCCACUGACCUGCGAGCAAUUCCUUCACAUGACAAAGGAACUCUGUACGAAAGGAGCAUGCACUUUGCACCUGAAAAGCUCAUUGGUGGAGGAAGCAGCGAACGAGCUUAUCAACAUGUUACUGGACACGGAGGGGCAAAACAGAGGGGAUUCUGGGAAUAAGAUUCUGAGUGGAAGCAGCAAUGAGGAAAUGCACGAAGGAACGGAGGAGGACGGGCCAUCGGACCCCUUAGCAUCCUCGCACACAGCUAGCCAGAUGUCUGCAGGCUUGUCUUCCCCCUUGACCAAGAAGAAGAAGAGGGAGAUGGAAAUGCUAGAGGAAGAAGCCCAAGAGCUGCUGUCCCAUUUCAACCACCGCAACGUGGAUGCUCUUCUGAAAGUUACUCGCAACACCCUGGAGGCCAUGCGAAGGCGCAUCCAAGCCUCUUCUAUGUUCAGCUUCUUAGAUAAGGAGAGUGCCUCCAAGCAGAGACAGAGUGCUCAGCCCGUCUUUAAGGCUAGUGUUAUCCUUUCCAUUCCAAAUUUUGCUAUGAUGCCCGCACUUGAGGAAGUACAGCAAGCGCUCAACAAAGCUGUGGACUGCAUUGUAAGCGUCAUGAAAGGAGUUGGCCAGUGGAGCAAAGAGAGGCUAUCCAAGCAAAAGAUGCUAGAAAGUAAAAUGGCUGCUUUGCGAAAUGAAGGAGACAGCGAUUCUGAGACUGAAAUGAGACAAACUGAAGUUGGAAAUAUCCUUGACACUGCUUCAGAUACAGCCUCUCUGAUCUUGCCUUCUCCUGUCCAAAACAAGAACUACUACAAAAGCAUUUCAGAGAAUAAGGAAAUAAUUAAGCUGAUGUCUGUUCUUAGCACAUCUAUCAAUUCCACCAAAAGGGAAGUCCUUGCAGCCUUGGAGCGCUUCAGAUGUUACCAUCACAUCUGGCAGAGAGAGAAAGAGGAAACCAUUGAAAACUUCACCAAAGGAAGCCCUUUGCUCUCUGAAUUUGAAUCCCAAAUUCUAUAUUACAGAGACUUAGAACUCGAAAUUAACUCUGAGCCUGAAUACAUAUGCGUGGGAACAGUUGCGCUAUUUACUGCGGAUCUGAAAUUGGCCCUAACAACAGAAACCAAGGCUUGGAUGGUUGCAUUUGGACGCCACUGUAACAAGAAGUACAGGACAGAGAUGGAAAACAUAUUUACCUUUGUAGAGGAAAUUGGCAAGAAACUGAACCGUCCGAUUAAAGACUUGGAUGACAUAAGGAUAGCAAUGGCUGCCUUAAAAGAGAUCCGAGAGCAACAGAUCCCCAUAGACUUCCAAGUGGGACCAAUUGAGGAGUCCUAUGCAAUGUUAAACAAGUAUGAGCUCUUGGUGGCAAAGGAAGAGAUGGAAAAGGUGGAUACAUUGCGUUAUACCUGGGAGAAAGUACUGGUUCGAGGAAAUGAAGUGCAGAAUGAAUUAGUAGCAUUGCAACCCAAAUUCAGAGGGGAGCUCAUAAGCACGGUGGAGAUAUUUGUGGAAGACUGUGAUCAGUACUACUUGGAUUAUGAGAAGAAUGGUCCCAUGGUGACUGGUAUUGAACCUCAGGAAGCUAGUGACAGACUCAUCAUGUUCCAGAACCGAUUUGACAACCUUUAUCGGAAAUACAUCACCUACACUGGGGGCGAAGAGCUUUUUGGUUUGCCCGUGACGCAGUACCCCCAGCUUCUGGAAAUCAAGAAGCAGCUGAACUUGUUGCAGAAGCUUUAUAGCCUGUACAACAAUAUCAUUGAAACAGUAAAUGGCUAUUACGAUAUCCUCUGGUCAGAAGUGAACAUUGAGAAGAUCAAUAACGAACUCCUUGAGUUUCAGAACAGGUGCCGCAAGCUGCCUCGAGCUUUGAAGGAGUGGCAAGCAUUUCUGGACCUUAAGAAAACAAUUGACGACUUCAAUGAAUGUUGUCCUUUGCUUGAUCUGAUGUCUAAUAAAGCCAUGAUGGCGCGUCACUGGAAGCGCAUCACCGACCUCACUGAUCACAGUUUCGAUGUUGAAAAUGAGUCGUUCAAACUGAGAAACAUCAUGGAAGCACCCUUGUUGAAAUAUAAAGAGGAAAUUGAGGAUAUCUGCAUCAGUGCAGUAAAGGAGAGAGACAUUGAACAGAAGCUGAAGCAAGUGAUUGCAGAGUGGGACAACAAAACAUUUACUUUUGCUAACUUUAAAACUCGCGGGGAGCUGCUCUUGAGGGGAGACAGCACUUCCGAAACCAUUGCAAGCAUGGAGGACAGCUUGAUGAUUUUGGGUUCCCUAAUGAGCAACAGGUACAACACACCAUUCAAAGCUCAAAUACAAAAAUGGGUACAAUACCUCUCUAACACUACUGAUAUCAUUGAGAAUUGGAUGACCGUGCAGAAUUUGUGGAUAUAUCUAGAGGCUGUCUUUGUAGGCGGAGACAUUGCCAAACAGCUCCCAAAGGAAGCAAAGCGUUUCUCCAACAUUGACAAAUCUUGGGUGAAGAUUAUGACGCGAGCCCACGAAAUACCCAAUGUGGUCCAGUGCUGUGUUGGAGAUGAAACCAUGGGACAGCUCCUGCCUCAUUUGUUGGAUCAGCUGGAAAUUUGUCAAAAGUCUCUUACAGGGUACCUGGAGAAAAAGCGGCUUUCAUUUCCCCGUUUCUUCUUUGUGUCAGACCCUGCCCUGCUGGAAAUCCUGGGCCAGGCUUCGGAUUCUCACACAAUACAGGCCCACUUGCUCAAUGUCUUUGAUAACAUCAAGUCUGUGAAAUUUCACGAAAAGGUUUAUGAUCGGAUCCUUUCAAUUUCCUCUCGAGAAGGUGAGACAAUUGAGCUGGAAAAGCCCGUCAUGGCAGAAGGUAAUGUGGAGGUUUGGCUCAAUUCCCUCUUAAAGGAGUCCCAGGGCUCUUUACAUCUCGUGAUUCGGCAAGCAGCUGCAAGCAUCCAGGAAGCGGACUUCCAACUAAUUGACUUUCUUUCUUCCUACCCUGCCCAGGUUGGCUUGUUGGGAAUUCAAAUGAUCUGGACCAGAGACGCUGAAGAAGCGUUGACCAACGCAAAGUACGACAAGAAAAUAAUGCCAAAAACGAACCAGUUUUUCCUGGACCUCUUGAAUACUCUGAUAGACAUGACGACAAAGGACCUGAGCCCCAUAGAACGCAUCAAAUAUGAGACACUGAUCACAAUUCAUGUGCAUCAACGGGAUAUAUUUGACGACCUGUGCCGUAUGCAUAUCAAGAAUCCCACAGACUUUGAGUGGCUGAAGCAAUGCAGAUUUUAUUUCAAUGAAGAUGCGGACAAGAUGAUGAUUAACAUCACGGAUGUGGCCUUCACGUAUCAGAAUGAAUUUCUGGGCUGCACAGACAGGCUUGUCAUCACCCCUCUCACAGACAGGUGUUACAUCACGUUGGCGCAAGCCUUAGGUAUGAGCAUGGGGGGAGCGCCAGCUGGUCCCGCAGGAACUGGCAAAACAGAAACAACGAAAGACAUGGGGAGAUGCCUUGGAAAAUACGUUGUGGUCUUCAAUUGCUCUGACCAGAUGGAUUUUCGAGGACUGGGAAGAAUCUUUAAAGGUCUUGCUCAGUCUGGAUCCUGGGGUUGCUUUGAUGAGUUUAACCGCAUUGACUUACCGGUGUUGUCCGUCGCCGCACAGCAAAUUGCAAUUGUUCUGACAUGCAAGAAGGAGCGCAAGAAGAGCUUCAUUUUUACAGAUGGCGACAGCGUGGAAAUGAAUCCCGAAUUCGGACUCUUUUUGACAAUGAACCCUGGGUAUGCGGGCCGUCAAGAGCUUCCUGAAAACCUGAAGAUCAACUUCCGUUCGGUGGCGAUGAUGGUUCCGGACCGGCAGAUCAUCAUCCGUGUCAAGCUAGCUAGCUGCGGCUUCAUUGACAACAUUGUGCUUGCGAGGAAGUUCUUUACUCUGUACAAACUCUGCGAGGAACAAUUAUCUAAGCAGGUACAUUAUGACUUUGGACUGAGGAACAUAUUGUCAGUGUUGCGGACCUUGGGAGCUGCCAAAAGGUCAAACCCUGAUGACACAGAAUCCACUAUCGUCAUGCGUGUGUUGAGAGACAUGAAUCUUUCUAAGCUGAUCGAUGAAGACGAGCCCUUAUUUCUGAGCCUGAUUGAAGACCUUUUCCCAAGUAUUCAACUUGACAAGGCAGGCUAUCCAGAGCUCGAAGCUGCUAUUAGCAAACAGGUUGAAGAGGCUGGCUUAAUUAACCACCCCCCGUGGAGACUGAAAGUUAUCCAGCUGUUUGAGACGCAAAGGGUGAGGCAUGGCAUGAUGGCUCUGGGUCCCAGUGGUGCAGGGAAAACAACAUGCAUCCACACACUGAUGAAAUCUAUGACAGACUGUGGGCAGCCUCAUCGUGAAAUGAGAAUGAAUCCUAAGGCCAUCACUGCACCACAGAUGUUUGGACGCCUCGAUGUUGCAACCAAUGACUGGACAGAUGGGAUUUUUUCCACUCUUUGGAGGAAAACGUUGAGAGCUAAGAAAGGGGAACACAUUUGGAUAGUUCUUGAUGGUCCCGUUGAUGCAAUUUGGAUUGAGAACCUGAACUCGGUGCUUGACGAUAACAAAACAUUAACGCUUGCUAAUGGAGAUCGGAUUCCUAUGGCGCCAAACUGUAAAAUUGUCUUCGAGCCUCAUAAUAUUGACAACGCUUCUCCUGCCACUGUGUCGAGGAAUGGCAUGGUGUUUAUGAGCUCCUCGGUUCUCAACUGGAGCCCUAUUCUUGAGGGCUUCCUGAAGAAACGCUCUACACAGGAAGCUGACGUUUUGCGUCAUCUGUACACAGUGUCUUUCCCAGAACUCUACCGGUAUAGCAUCCAGUCUUUAGAAUACAAGAUAGAGAUGCUGGAAGCCUUUGUGAUAAUGCAGAGCAUUAAUAUGCUGCAGGGCUUGAUCCCUUACAAGGAACAGGGUGGAGAAAUAACAGCGGAGUACCUGGAAAGAUUGUAUAUUUUCUCCUUGAUGUGGAGUGUUGGGGCACUGCUGGAAUUGGAAGACCGUUGCAAAAUGGAGCACUGGCUUCGGAAUCAUGAAACUAUAAAACUUGACCUCCCCAACAUCCCAGAAGGAAGUGAAGACACUAUGUUUGACUACUAUGUUACCAAUGAUGGCAAAUGGAUGCACUGGAAUACUUGCAUUGAUGAGUAUGUAUAUCCCACCAACAGCACGCCAGAGUAUGGCUCCAUCUUGGUGCCAAAUGUUGACAAUGUGAGAACGGACUUCCUUAUGCAUACUAUUGCAAAGCAAGGCAAGGCAGUGCUACUAAUUGGUGAACAAGGGACCGCUAAGACUGUCAUCAUCAAAGGCUACAUGUCAAAAUAUAAUCCUGAAAGCCACAUGGCCAAGAGUCUGAACUUUUCAUCGGCAACAACUCCUUUAAUGUUUCAGCGCACAAUUGAAAGUUAUGUGGACAAACGCAUGGGCACAACUUAUGGUCCUCCGGCAGGAAAGAAAAUGACAGUCUUCGUUGAUGAUGUGAAUAUGCCUGUAAUCAAUGAAUGGGGAGACCAGGUCACCAAUGAGAUAGUUAGGCAACUGAUGGAGCACAAUGGUUUUUAUAACCUGGAGAAGCCUGGAGAGUUCACCAACAUUGUGGACAUCCAGUUCUUGGCUGCUAUGAUUCAUCCGGGUGGCGGACGCAAUGACAUCCCUCAGAGACUGAAGAGGCAAUUCUCUGUUUUUAAUUGCACUCUGCCUUCUAAUUCGUCCAUCGACAAGAUCUUUGGUGUGAUUGGAGUAGGACAUUACUGCAGCCAGAGAGGCUUUAUGGAGGAGGUGAGAGCUACAGUCUCCAAGCUGGUGCCACUGACUCGCAAGCUGUGGCAAAUGACCAAGAUCAAGAUGCUGCCGACCCCUGCCAAAUUUCAUUAUGUGUUCAAUCUCCGAGACCUUUCCAGGAUUUGGCAAGGGAUGCUGAAUACCACCUCAGAAGUAAUCAAUGAAUCAAAUGUGCUCAUAAAACUGUGGAAGCAUGAAUGUAAGCGUGUUAUUGCCGACCGUUUCACAACUCCUGAGGAUGUCACUUGGUUUGAUCUGGCACUGGCAAAACUUGUUGAAGGGGAACUUGGCAGUGAUAAAAAGACCCUGGUGGAUCUCGGCACUGAUGCAUACUUUGUGGAUUUCUUAAGAGAUGCCCCUGAAGCUACAGGAGAGGAGCCGGAUGAAACAGAAGUUGACAUGCCUAAAAUAUAUGAACCCAUUGCCUCUUUUGAGCACCUGAAGGAACGUUUGAACAUAUUCUUACAAAUAUACAAUGAGAGUGUCCGUGGGACAGGAAUGGACUUGGUGUUUUUUGAAGAUGCAAUGAUUCAUUUAGUGAAGAUCUCUCGAGUCAUUCGCACUCCUCGUGGAAAUGCUCUGCUUGUCGGAGUUGGCGGGUCUGGAAAGCAGAGCUUGACUAAGCUGGCAUCGUUCAUAGCGGGCUACGCUAUGUUCCAGAUCACAUUAACAAGGUCUUAUAACACAUCCAACCUAAUGGAAGAUUUGAAGCAUCUGUAUAGGACUGCUGGACAGCAAGGGAAAGGCAUCAGCUUCAUCUUUACAGAUAAUGAGAUAAAAGACGAGGCUUUCUUGGAGUACAUGAACAAUGUCCUGUCUUCCGGAGAAGUUUCCAACUUGUUUGCCCGUGAUGAAAUAGAUGAAAUCACUGGUGAUCUCAUACCUGUUAUGAAGAGGGAGCACCCACGCCGGCCUCCGACCAAUGAGAACUUGUAUGAUUAUUUCAUGACUCGCGUGCGUCAGAACCUGCACGUAGUUCUUUGCUUUUCACCAGUGGGUGAAAAAUUCCGGAACCGAGCUCUGAAGUUCCCUGCGCUGAUUUCUGGUUGUACUAUAGACUGGUUCAGCCGCUGGCCGAAAGAUGCUCUGGUUGCAGUGUCUGAACAUUUCUUGUCCUCCUACGAAGUUGACUGCACCGACGAAAUCAAAAGUGAGAUGGUGCAGUGCAUGGGCUCCUUCCAGGAUGGAGUUGCUGAGAAGUGUGUUGACUACUUCCAGAGAUACCGUCGGUCUACACACGUGACCCCCAAAUCUUAUCUGUCUUUUAUUCAGGGGUAUAAAGCGAUAUACAAGGAGAAACAUGCUGAAGUGCAAACGUUGGCCAACAGGAUGAAUACUGGACUGGAGAAGCUGAAAGAGGCCUCUGAAUCUGUAGCUGCUCUGAGCAAAGAGCUGGAAGCCAAAGAAAAAGAGCUGCAGGUUGCCAAUGAAAAAGCUGAUAUGGUGUUAAAAGAAGUCACUGUAAAAGCACAGGCUGCUGAAAAGGUGAAGGCGGAAGUGCAGAAAGUGAAAGACAAAGCCCAGGCUAUUGUCGACGGCAUUUCGGCAGACAAGGCUACCGCUGAGGAAAAACUAGAGGCCGCCAAGCCUGCCUUAGAAGAGGCUGAGGCUGCUUUGCAGACUAUCAAGCCUGCAGACAUUGCCACUGUCCGUACUUUGGGUCGGCCACCUCAUCUUAUCAUGCGCAUCAUGGAUUGUGUGUUGCUGCUGUUCCAGAGGAGGGUAAACACUGUCAAAAUCGACCAGGAGAAAAACUGCACCUUUCCCUCCUGGCAGGAGUCCUUGAAGCUGAUGACAGCAGGGAACUUCUUACAGAACCUGCAGCAAUUUCCAAAAGAUACAAUAAACGAAGAAGUGGUGGAGCUCUUGAGCCCUUACUUUGAAAUGUCAGACUACAAUAUUGAGACAGCCAGGAGGGUUUGUGGAAACGUGGCUGGCAUUUGCUCGUGGACCAAAGCGAUGGCUGCUUUCUUUGCGAUCAACAAGGAAGUCCUGCCUUUAAAGGCUAACCUGGCAGUACAAGAGAACCGUCUGGCCACCGCCAUGUUGGAUCUCACAAAAGCUCAAGCCGAGUUGGACGCCAAACAAACUGAGCUAGAUAUUGUGCAGGCUGAGUAUGAGAAGGCGAUGAGAGAGAAACAGACAUUGCUCGAGGAUGCAGACCGCUGCAGGCACAAAAUGCAGACGGCCUCUAGUCUUAUUAGCGGGCUGGCCGGAGAGAAGGAGAGAUGGACUGAUCAAAGUAAAGAAUUUGCUGCGCAAACAAAGAGGCUUGUGGGGGAUGUGCUGCUUGCCACAGCCUUUCUGUCCUAUUCCGGUCCUUUUAACCAAGAGUUCCGAAAUCUGUUGUUAACCGGUUGGCAAAAAGAAAUGAAAACCAGGAAAAUCCCAUUUGGAAACAAUCUGAAUCUCACAGAGAUGCUGAUAGAUGCUCCCACGGUCAGUGAAUGGAACCUUCAAGGGCUGCCAAAUGACGACCUGUCGAUACAAAAUGGCAUAAUUGUCACAAAAGCAGCUCGUUAUCCUUUGCUGAUUGACCCGCAGACCCAAGGCAAGAUCUGGAUUAAAAACAAGGAAACCAGGAAUGAACUUCAGAUCACCUCUCUGAAUCACAAGUAUUUUAGAAACCACUUGGAGGACAGCCUGUCUCUUGGAAGGCCGCUGUUAAUUGAAGAUGUUGGCGAAGAACUGGAUCCAGCUUUGGACAAUGUACUGGAAAGAAACUUCAUCAAAACAGGCUCUACAUACAAGGUAAAAGUUGGGGAUAAAGAAAUGGAUGUAAUGAACGGCUUCAGACUUUAUAUUACCACCAAGCUUCCGAAUCCAGCCUAUACCCCCGAGAUUAGUGCUCGUACCUCCAUUAUCGAUUUUACUGUCACUAUGAAGGGUCUAGAAGACCAGCUUCUAGGGAGAGUCAUACUAACAGAAAAACAGGAGCUGGAGAAAGAGAGAACGGAUCUGAUGGAAGAUGUGACUGCUAACAAAAGAAAGAUGAAAGAACUGGAAGAUAACUUGCUGUACCGGCUGACAAGCACACAAGGCUCUCUGGUGGAAGAUGAGAGCCUCAUCAUUGUACUUAGCAACACAAAGAAGACGGCAGAGGAGGUGACACAGAAAUUGCAAAUUUCUGCAGAGACUGAAGUACAGAUUAAUUCAGCCCGAGAGGAAUACAGACCUGUUGCAACAAGAGGCAGCAUUCUCUAUUUCCUGAUAACCGAGAUGAGUAUGGUUAAUGUCAUGUAUCAGACUUCACUCCGACAGUUCUUGGGCCUGUUUGACCUUUCCCUUGCUAGGUCUGUCAAGAGCCCCAUUACGAGCAAGAGAAUAGCAAAUAUCAUUGAGCAUAUGACCUAUGAAGUAUAUAAGUACGCUGCACGAGGGCUUUACGAGGAGCACAAGUUCCUGUUCACAUUGCUCCUCACCUUGAAGAUUGACUUACAGCGGGGAAAAGUGAAGCACGAGGAGUUCUUGACCCUGAUUAAAGGUGGUGCUUCUUUGGAUCUGAAAGCUUGUCCACCUAAACCGGCUAAAUGGAUCCUGGAUAUGACUUGGCUGAACUUGGUGGAGCUCAGUAAACUGAGACAAUUUUCAGACGUUCUUGACCAAAUCUCACGAACAGAAAAACAGUGGAAAAUCUGGUUUGAUAAGGAGAAACCAGAAGAAGAACUUGUUCCCAGUGGCUAUGACCAAGCUUUGGACUGCUUCAGACGCCUCCUCCUCAUAAGGUCUUGGUGUCCUGAUAGGACGAUAGCUCAGGCUAGGAAGUACAUUAUGGAUACCAUGGGGGAGAAAUAUGCAGAAGGGAUCAUCUUAGAUUUGGAGAAGACUUGGGAAGAAUCCGAUCCUCGCACUCCUCUCAUCUGCUUCCUUUCCAUGGGCUCCGAUCCCACCGAUUUCAUCAUUGCUCUGGGGAAAAGGCUGAAGAUUGAGACACGCUAUGUGUCCAUGGGCCAAGGGCAGGAGGUUCAUGCCCGCAAACUUCUGCAGCAAACUAUGGCGCACGGUGGAUGGGCACUUUUGCAGAAUUGUCACCUGGGUCUUGACUUUAUGGAUGAGUUGAUGGACACGAUUGUUGAAACAGAAAAUGUUCAUGAGGCCUUCCGUCUGUGGAUGACUACGGAGGUCCACAAGCAUUUCCCCAUCACCCUUCUACAGAUGUCUAUAAAAUUCACCAAUGAGCCUCCCCAAGGACUCAAAGCUGGUCUGAAGAGAACCUAUGGAGGUGUGAGCCAGGAUCUGUUGGAUAUCAGCAACAUGGUUCAGUGGAAACCGAUGCUGUAUGCUGUAGCCUUCCUACACUCCACGGUCCAGGAAAGGAGGAAAUUUGGACCUCUGGGAUGGAACAUUCCUUACGAGUUCAACCAAGCUGAUUUCAAUGCCACAGUACAGUUUGUUCAGAACCAUUUGGAUGACAUGGACAUCAAAAAGGGUGUGUCUUGGAAUACUGUUCGUUACAUGAUAGGGGAGAUUCAGUAUGGUGGCAGAGUUACGGAUGACUACGACAAAAGGCUGCUCAACACGUUUGCUAAAGUGUGGUUCAGCGAAAACAUGUUUGGCCAAGACUUCUCCUUCUACAAAGGUUACAGCAUACCCAAGUGUGCUGCACUGGACCAGUAUCUUCAGUAUAUACAGGGUUUGCCUGCUUACGAUACGCCAGAAGUCUUUGGGCUGCAUCCCAAUGCUGACAUCACUUACCAGAGCAAACUUGCAAAAGAUGUGUUGGACACCAUCCUCAGCAUCCAACCCAAAGACAGCUCCAGUGGAGGAGGUGAGACCAGAGAGGCUGUGGUUGCUCGGUUGGCUGAUGACAUGGUGGAGAAACUUCCUCCUGACUACAUUCCAUUUGAGGUAAAGGAAAGGCUGCAGCAAAUGGGCCCAUUCCAGCCUAUGAACAUCUUCCUGCGACAGGAGAUCGAUAGAAUGCAGAGGAUUAUUGCUCUGGUGCGGAAUACUCUGACAGACCUCAAACUUGCCAUUGAUGGGACCAUCAUCAUGAGCGAGAACCUCAGAGAUGCUUUGGAUUGCAUGUACGAUGCAAGGAUUCCUGAACGCUGGAGGAAGGCAUCUUGGGCUUCCAGCACUCUUGGAUUUUGGUUUACUGAGCUUCUUGAAAGGAAUCGGCAGUUUCACUGUUGGAUUUUUGAAGGGCGACCGAACUGCUUUUGGAUGACAGGGUUUUUCAACCCGCAAGGAUUUUUAACUGCAAUGAGACAGGAAAUUACCCGAGCGAACAAGGGAUGGGCACUUGACAGCGUAGUUCUGUGCAAUGAGGUCACCAAGUGGAUGAAGGAUGACAUCACAGCCCCUCCCUCUGAGGGCGUCUAUGUCUAUGGCCUCUAUCUAGAAGGAGCAGGAUGGGACAAAAGGAACAUGAAACUAAUAGAAUCAAAGCCCAAGGUGCUCUUCGAACUGAUGCCCGUGAUAAGGAUAUAUGCAGAAAACAACACCACGAGAGAUCCACGCCUGUACUCCUGCCCAAUCUACAAAAAACCAGUUCGGACAGAUCUGAAUUAUAUCGCCGCAGUGGACCUCCGGACCACCCAACCUCCUGAGCACUGGAUAUUGCGUGGAGUUGCCCUUCUGUGUGAUGUCAAGUAAUGUUAAGAGAACACCUGCAUGUUCUUAAAGUGUUGCCCCCCCCCCAGGUUUUUAGAACAGCCUUUUUUCUUCACGUUCUUCAUUUGAACAUCCACAUCACAAGGAAAUAGCUAGGUGACUGGUCACAGGGUUGCUUGUUGCCUUUUAAAAAUCGAUUAUAUCAAGAGUAUCGCUCUAUUCUUCUACUUUGACUUUCUUUCAAAGGUUAAUGGGCUUUAUCAAAUUUCCCAGAACUAGAAAGCUCACUGAAUACAUGUUCUCAUUCAUCUCUAAGGGACUUUUUUUUUGUCACUGAAGUGUGCUUGUAAACAUCAAGUUAAGUGACUAAGUAUAUACAGAGAGCAAGCUAUCUGUCACUGUGACCCUCUAGUGUGAUAAAUUAAUGGCAAUUUCUAUAGAG